UGUUUCUCUCCUUUUGUUCAAACUUCAAUGUUGUUUAUGGCUUUCUUAUUGUUUUUUCAGUUUUGAAGUUCUUUUUUUAAAUGUUAUUUCAGUGUAUCUGUGUUCAUUUGCUCUUUUUUUUUUUUUCUGGUUUUAAGUGGAAUUUCAGAUCUGGGUAUGUUUAAUUUGAUGCGGAAAGGGAUUAGAUUAAUGUUUUGGCUUAAAAGUGUUGUGGGAAAAGUAUGAGAGUAUGUUGAGUUUUGUACUGUGUUAGGAUCAGAAGUUUUGAUAUUUUUCUCCGUGUUUCGUAUUUGCCAAUGAAAAAGUGCUUUUUAUUUGUGUUUUAUUGAGUUAACUGUUGAUAUUGUUAUUCUUAUGCAUACUUAUCGUUAUUUUUUUCUGGGUUUGUGGUUGACUCGUUUAAAAGUUCGACAGAGGUUCCUGCUUCUUGCAAUUGUUUCCUGGAAUUUGGAGGGUUCCAUUUUUUGAGUAUUGCGAUUGCAUUUAAAUGUUUUUGCAGACAGCUAAGUGAGCUUAGUUGAUCAAUUAGGAGUUGAAAUAUAUUCAUGUUUGUUUAUUAGGAGUUUAAAAUGAGUGGGAGAAAAAAUACAGGGCGUUCGUCACCUUUAGUUUUGGUGCUUUUGGCACUUGGAUUUUUCUUUGCAACAUAUAAUUUGCUAACUCUUGCAAUAAGCUACAAGGCCUCCUGGGCGUCAGAUGAAUUGAAUGCAGUUGAUGCCAAUACUGGAGUACAGAGUACUGAUUUGAAAUAUCAUGUUGCCCUUACGGCAACUGAUGCUCCAUAUAGCCAAUGGCAGUCUCGCAUUAUGUAUUACUGGUAUAAGAAAGUAAAAGACAUGCCUGGAUCAGAUAUGGGAAAAUUUACACGAAUAUUGCAUUCAGGAAAGCCUGACAAGUUGAUGGAAGAGAUUCCAUCUUUUGUUGUUGAUCCUCUUCCAGGUGGUCUUGACCGGGGAUAUAUAGUUCUAAACAGACCAUGGGCCUUUGUGCAAUGGCUUGAAAAGGCAACAAUUGAUGAAGAAUAUAUCCUCAUGGCAGAGCCUGACCACAUAUUUGUUAAUCCGUUGCCUAAUUUGGCUCAUGGAAGUAAUCCAGCCGGUUUCCCUUUUUUCUACAUUAAACCAGCUGAACAUGAGAAAAUUCUUAGAAAGUUUUAUCCUGAAGAAAUGGGUCCAGUGACAAAUAUUGAUCCAAUUGGAAAUUCUCCUGUAAUCAUUACAAAGUCUUUGCUAGAGGACAUUUCACCUGUGUGGUUGAAUGUUUCUUUAAGAAUGAAAGACGACCCAGAGGCUGAUAAGGCAUUUGGAUGGGUGCUAGAAAUGUAUGCAUAUGCUGUAGCAUCUGCAUUGCAUGGAGUGCAGCAUACACUUCGUAAAGACUUUAUGCUACAGCCACCAUGGGACUUAGAAGUGGGGAAGAAGUUCAUAAUCCAUUAUACUUAUGGAUGUGACUACUCUUUAAAGGGAGAGCUGACAUAUGGGAAGAUCGGAGAAUGGCGUUUUGACAAGAGGUCUUAUCUUAGUGGUCCGCCACCAAGAAACCUCUCCUUACCCCCUCCAGGAGUUCCUGAAAGUGUGGUGAGACUUGUGAAGAUGGUGAACGAGGCUACUGCUAAUAUUCCUGGGUGGGAUACAUUAACAAGUGGCUGAUAUCAGCGGAAGAUCACAGAUCAGUGGAAUUUCUGUUUGUUCAUUGCUACUAGCAUUUUCCAGAUGAGAUUUGUUGAUUCUAAUCACAGGUAAAUGAAAAGGUGGUACAGACAAAGAAGAGAAAAUUAUAAAUCAAAUAAGGGGAUCCUUGAUUGUUCAUACUUCCUGAUGUAAGCAUUAAGGCCUCUAAAGUUUUCUGCUCGCAUUUUGCUCACAUUUAGAGUAUAUAGUUAAAUUUUGAUGCUGAAUGUUAAAAACCUGUAAAUUCAGAAUUCCUUGCUGAGAUUGUUUGUUAGUCUUUUUGUUUGGUUAAUAACACAUGGGGAAAGAUUAAGUUUUCAUA